CGGAGGCGCCGCGCUCCCAGAAUGCACCGGCAGUCCGCGGGAAACCAAAAUGGCGAAGGGCUGUAGCGAAGCGGGCUGUGUUUAAGGCCGGUGUGGGAACGCUCGCUCUGACCCCCGUCGCUCGUCCUCAGGACCGUGGUUUGUGCGUGUGUCUGUGCGGGGUGCCCGUCGGGGAGGGUGCCCGGCCAGCGCUCGGACUCGCAGGGGAAGCGCCCACGGGGACGUGCUUGGUUGUUUUUUCCUGUAUGAAGCGGUUGGCACCACUGAAGUGACCGAAUGAGAGACUCUACAGGGGCAGGUAAUUCACUGGUCCACAAGCGGUCUCCUUUACGUCGAAACCAAAAGACCCCAACAUCCUUGACCAAGCUGUCUUUACAGGAUGGAUAUAAAGUCAAAAAGCCAGCAUGUAAAUUUGAAGAGGGUCAGGAUGUCCUAGCUAGAUGGUCAGAUGGCUUGUUUUAUCUUGGAACUAUCAAAAAGAUAAACAUAUUGAAACAGAGCUGCUUCAUCAUUUUUGAAGACAGUUCUAAAUCCUGGGUUCUCUGGAAGGACAUCCAAACAGGAGCCACUGGAAGUGGGGAAAUGGUCUGUACAAUAUGUCAGGAAGAGUAUUCAGAAGCUCCCAAUGAAAUGGUUAUAUGUGAUAAGUGUGGCCAAGGAUAUCAUCAGUUGUGUCACACACCUCACAUUGAUUCCAGUGUGAUUGAUUCAGAUGAAAAAUGGCUCUGUCGACAGUGUGUUUUUGCAACAACAACAAAGAGGGGUGGUGCGCUUAAGAAAGGACCAAAUGCCAAAGCAUUGCAAGUCAUGAAGCAGACAUUACCCUAUAGUGUGGCAGACCUUGAAUGGGAUGCAGGUCAUAAAACCAAUGUCCAGCAAUGUUACUGCUAUUGUGGAGGCCCUGGAGACUGGUAUUUAAAGAUGCUACAGUGCUGCAAAUGUAAGCAGUGGUUUCACGAGGCUUGUGUGCAAUGCCUUCAAAAGCCAAUGUUAUUUGGAGACAGGUUUUAUACAUUUAUUUGCUCUGUCUGCAGUUCUGGACCUGAAUACCUCAAACGUCUACCAUUACAGUGGGUAGAUAUAGCACACUUAUGCCUUUACAACCUAAGUGUUAUUCACAAGAAGAAAUACUUUGAUUCUGAACUUGAGCUUAUGACAUACAUUAAUGAAAACUGGGAUAGAUUGCACCCUGGAGAGCUGGCAGACACACCAAAAUCUGAAAGAUAUGAGCAUGUUCUGGAGGCAUUAAAUGAUUACAAGACCAUGUUUAUGUCUGGGAAAGAAAUAAAGAAGAAGAAGCAUUUGUUUGGGUUGCGAAUUCGUGUUCCUCCUGUGCCACCAAAUGUGGCGUUCAAAGCAGAGAAAGAACCUGAAGGAACAUCCCAUGAAUUUAAAAUUAAAGGCAGAAAGGCAUCCAAACCUAUGUCUGAUUCAAGGGAAGUAAGCAAUGGCAUAGAAAAAAAAGGAAAGAAAAAAUCUGUAGGUCGUCCACCUGGUCCAUAUACAAGAAAAAUGAUUCAGAAAACUGCUGAGCCGUCUUUGGAUAAGGAAUCAAUUUCAGAAAAUCCUACCUUGGAUUUACCUUGUUCUAUAGGGAGAACUGAGGGAUCUGCACAUUCAUCUAAUACCUCAGAUGUGGAAUUCACGGGUGCUUCCAGUGCAAAAGAAACUACCUCGUCUAGCAUUGCCAGGCAUUAUGGUUUAUCUGACUCCAGAAAAAGAACUCGUACAGGAAGAUCUUGGCCUGCUGCAAUCCCUCAUUUACGGAGGCGGAGGGGUCGUCUUCCAAGAAGAGCACUCCAGACUCAGAACUCAGAAAUUGUAAAAGACGAUGAAGGCAAAGAGGAUUACCAAUUUGAUGAACUCAACACAGAGAUUUUGAAUAACUUAGCAGAUCAGGAGUUACAACUCACUCAUCUAAAAAACUCCAUUACCAGUUAUUUUGGUGCUGCAGGUAGAAUAGCAUGUGGUGAAAAAUACCGAGUGUUGGCUCGUCGGGUGACACUUGAUGGAAAGGUGCAGUAUCUUGUGGAAUGGGAAGGAGCAACUGCAUCCUGACUGUAGGACUGAACAUUAUGUUCACUGCACUCUCAUUUUCUAUAGGUACAGUUCAAAGCCCUAAAGGAGUCUGGCUUUUACUAUCUUUCUUAAAAAAAAUGUCAAAAAAUUUCACAAAACAAGAUGAUACUAGCCUUAAUGUGUAUCUGUCAAUGUUAUGGAUAUUGUCAUAAAAAGAUAUCUUUUAAAAAUCAAACAGAGACUUAAUUUUUUAAAUCUUAAGAUUUGUAGAAUGUUUCUAGGAUAGGAUAUUAAAAAUGAUUCAAACCCAUGCAUGGUGUUAGAUAAUUUUUCUAAUUAUUCCAUUGAGUCAGUUUUUGUGAUGAGUGGUUAUCAGAGCAAACAGAUUCUGUAGUUAGAUAGCACAAGUAUUUGAAAAAAUUGUCUGUUUUGUUACCAAAAUGUUGGAAAAAAUUUAUUUCAAUAUCUUUUAGAUUUCAUAAAGUGCAGUGUAUAUAAUGCCUACUAAAAGACUGUAAAAUAUUGAAAUUUUCUUUCAAGCAAAGUGUAAAAAUAUAUAUUGAGCCUGUAAAUUGCUCUGUGACUAGACUUCAUUGUCGUCUUAAUAUAUUCUUUGCAUGUGCAUAUAUAUAUAUACACACAGUUGUGUAUGUAUAUGUGUGUGAUUAUGUGACCUAUGCAAUACAAAUUAUGGGAAUGGGCAGCUUUGGAGUAUAUAUCCCAUAAUUCUUUUUUCAGGAAUAGUUGCAGUAUUUACACAGCAGCAUUUCUUCUCAGGCUUUUAUUGGGUGCUGUUGCUUGCUAUGUAUGAAGAGAAAUGUGUCAAACAAGUUUAGUGUGCUCUGAAGAAGGGUGUGGACAACAUUGUUCAUGGGCUUUUAGAAUGCUUUUCUCUUUCAGUCCUUGUAACUCAGCUGUUCAGUACCUAAAACAAAUUCAAUUAAUAUGAACAUUAUCUCCUACUAGAAGUAACGUUUUCAAGUUUUCACGGCACAUUUUGAUUGUAAAUGUCUCUCAGUUUUAACAGUAAGUCUAUAGGAGUCCUGUGAAGAUUCCUGAAAUGUCUGUAGUAACUGUUAGUCAUGUUGAAUAAGUGUAGUAUGAACAAAAUAUUUUAUUGCACAGGGUUAACAAACAGUACGUUGCCUGCCACGGCUAGUGCUGUUUUUUUACAACAUUACCUCUUGUUUUUAUAAAAUGUACCAAGAUUUAAAUUGAUAAUUUUAUUUUACAUGUAAAAAGAAACAAUUUCUUUUAUCACCAGUGUUAGAGUUGUCUUCUGUUUAUUUUUGUUUCGUUUGUUUGUUCUUUUUUAGCCAAAGAGUAAACAGAAAAAUAUUCUUAUUUUGGUGGCUAUUCAUUUUAUUCUUAAAAGUGAUUGGUGGAUUUUAGCCUAAAAAUUGGGGAAUUUGCUGCCAAAAUGAAAAAUAUGUAAAGCGUAGUGAUUACAGAGCGGUAAAAAUGUGGGUUAGUACUUAUUUAUUCCAUUGAUUGAUUAUUUGACUGUUUAUAAUGAAAGUUGCUUUAUUUCUUUAAACAUCUUCAAAAGAUGACCUUUUCUUAUCAUACUAUAGCCAAAAGAAGCAGAGAACAUUGUUGUCCUGCAUUUGGUUCCUGGUUGGCCAGGUAUAAAUGAGCUUUACAAAAGUGUGAAUUAAAACUGUCAUUUCUGUUUACCUCCACCAAAACUUGAUUUCCCCCUAGCUAUUAAUUUAAAGUUGCCUUUCCUGCACUGCAAUAUUUUGAAUAACACAGAGUUUGUGUUGAUUUUGAAUGUUUGUUUAUAUCUAGGGGUAAUGGAAAAUGUAAAUCCCGUGUAACCUUACUCACUCCACCUGUAUCAUAUUAUUUCAUUUUCCCCAAAGUCCUUUAAUUCUAACUGAACACCAGCAGUAUUUUUAGAAACUCUUUGGCAUACUUGGAAGAUGAUUUAUUAAGCUGAACUGUCUUUAGACGUAAUUAUUGUGAAUGUCUGUUUUAUUUUAUCAUGGUGGUUCACAUGGCUCUGAUGUUCAGUUUGUAUUUUUGGAAUUGCUUUACGUAGAAUUAAAACAGACCAACAUUAAAUGUGUGUAUUUUUUAAAUAGCUAAUGAGUUUUGCUUCUGUAUUUGCUUAAAAAUACACACUGGUGCAAUAAAUGACUACUUUUAUUUAGCUCAGGGAGCUAAGGAUUUUCUAAUUCCAUUGUAAAUAUAUAUGUUCACUUGAAUCAAUCUUUAUAAAACUUCGCUUUCAUUUUUCUCUUGCCCCCAAAUAAUAAUAAUUAUUGCAUGUUCAUCUUAAACGAUCCUAAAAAACCUACCUGUUAAGCCAGUUUGUAUUCUUUAUAUUUGAAAGACAGUAUACCUCCCUCUCUCUACCCUGUCCCCAAAUUAAAAAAAAAAUUCAGACUUUCAA